AUGGCCUCCUCCCCCCUCCGCACCCUCGCCAGCGGCGUUGUAGAGCGCACGGCAGCUAUGCUAGUACUACUACUAAUCAUCCGCGUCGUGGUCGCCCCUGCGCCUGCCGUGGCCGUCGACGGCGACUGCAACCUCACCGCCGGGUUCGUCCAGGUGGACCUCCCGGAGGGCAACUUCGUGGUGCAGAGCCCCUACGACGUGCCGGAGAACCAGCGCUACAGCUACGACGUCGCCACCGGCGUGCGCACCUUCUGGGUGUACGCCGACGACAAGCCCUUCAACACCGUCACCAGCACCAAUCCUCGCACCGAAGUCCGCCUCGCCGGCCACGACUACUCGUCGGGGGUGUGGCAGUUCGAGGGCUACGGCUACGUGCCGUCGGGGACGUCGGGCACGUCGGUGAUGCAGAUCCACAACGAGGACGCCGGCACGCACGCCACCACGCUGAUGCUGCACGUGUACAACGGCACGCUGCGGUACUACAGCGGGGCGGCGGUGGAGGACGGCAUCUACGACCGUUGGUUCCGGCUCAACGUGGUCCACGACGUCGGCGCGUCGACGGUGGCCGUGUUCGUCGACGGCGCGCCGAGGCUGGCCGUGAACGUGACGCCGAGCGCGUCGCACUACUUCAAGUUCGGGGUGUACGUGCAGCACCACGACGUGUCCCCGCGCGUGGAGUCGCGCUGGAGGAACGUCACCGUCUACACCAAACCCUACUAG